GAGAGAGACACACACACACACAUACACACACGCACACACAGAAACAGGCUGGAUUUAGAGUUACAAUUUUAUUUUGUUGUUGCAACAGAAAACUGCAGCUCCAGCAGAAAGAAAUGUGCAGGCGGAUGUAUGACGAAGACGAAGAAAAAGAAUAAGAAAAAAAGACGAAGACUCUGGAAUUUUGAACAAGUUUAGAAUGAGCCCGGGUCCUUCUGCCUUUCAAAGAAUUAGGUAAAAGGCCCUGCUAUCAGCAACUGAUUCCCUCUGUUUGGAGAUUCUCUGCGCGCUUCUGAGGCAAAGACACCCCUUCUAACCUUACCACAGCCUUUUCUACGGGUUUUAGCACAGUCUGACAACCAGAGGCUCGACACGCCCCCACACAAAUCUCCCGUAUUUGCAGAGAGAGAGACAGAGAGAGAAGGCCAGUGGUCAUUUGAGGCUGUCUCAAAAUGGCGGCAAAACGUGGAUCGAGUCUUCAGUUCCAGGGCUCGCUGGAGCAGAUGGCCCGGCGGAGAGCGAAAAUGGAGGAGGAGGAGGAAGAGCUCGACAACCCUGACCCGGAGGAAGGUUGGAGGGGGAGAGGAGAGGCCUCUCGGGGGGCCCGAGAGAAAGAAGAAAGGGUGCCCCGAAGUAGAGUGGCUCAACACAAGGAGCUCCUUAACACGACUCGGUCCCCUCGCUCAGGAUGGAGGAACCCGCCAGCAGCGCGGCCCACUGAGUGGGAAGACCGACAGGCCCUUUCCCCCUCCGUUGAGGGACCGGCCGUCGCCCGCCAGUGGUCGAGGGGCGGCCGAGUCACCCGGCGCGUGCCGAGCCUCAGCGGAGAAGGCCCGGAGGUCCACAGCAUCCUGGACUCUGGGGAGAUUGGAGAGUCCGGGAUGGUGAAAGUCAAGGAAGAAGUCGUGGGGGACGACUCGGCCAGCAUGGAGAUGAAGCGCCAGCGUUUCCGGCAGUUCCGCUACCAGGAGGCCGAGGGCCCCCGCGAGGUGUGCAGCCAGCUGUGGUACCUUUGCCACCGGUGGCUGAAGCCCGAGAGGCACACCAAGGAGCAGAUCCUGGAGCUGUUGAUCCUGGAGCAGUUCCUGGCCAUCCUGCCCCCGGACAUCCAGAGCUGGGUGAGAGAACACGAGCCGGAGAGCUGUUCCCAGGCCGCGUCACUGGCCGAGGAUUUCCUGCAGAUGCAGCGAGAGGCCGAGAGGAGGGAACAGCAGGUGCUGGGGUUGUUUGAGAUGGAUAACGCAGAAUCCCCUGAAGCUGAGGUUGAGCAGCCUCCAUCGGACACCGUGCCGAAGCCGCUGUUCAGGGAAGCCAAGCAAGAGGCUGAUGAGGAAGAGGCCAGCAAUUUGGGGACCAUUGGGCAGGUGGAACAGCGGGCAGGUGGCCCCCUUCCCCUCUACCCAGAGGAGGGCAGCUCUGACGAUGAGGGCCUCUUGGACCUUGUCUAUGCCGCCAACCUCGAGAUCCACAGCAGGCGGCCACCUCGACGGACUCGCCUCAUCCGGAUGCGCACCCACGAGCUCCAGGUGUCCGACGAGGAAUGCCUGACCCGCUUCCGGCUGGACCGCCAGGCCAUCCAGGACCUGUGCACGUUGCUGGCGCCAUACCUGGACGGGGCCUCCGCAAGUCGCAGGCACAUCCCUACCUUACAGAAGGUCCUGAUAGCCCUGCAGGUCCUCGGGACUGGCUCCUUCCAGCGGAUGACGGGCGACAACCUCCGGGUGUCCCAGUCCUCCGUCAGCCGCUGCCUGGACGCGUUCUUGGAGGCCAUGCUCCGCCAUGUGCACGAGCACAUCACCUUCCCCACCACCGACUCGGAACUUCGCCGCACCCGGGAAGCAUUCUUCGACAUUGCCGGCUUCCCGAAUGUCAUUGGCAUCGUGGACUGCACCCACGUGCCCAUUAUAGCGCCUGCAGACAUGCCGGCGCUCUACCGCAACUGCCAUAACUUCCAUAGCCUGAAUGUGCAGGCCACCUGCGAUGCGUCAGGUUGCUUUACCCACGUGUUGGCGAAGUUCCCUGGGAGUGUCCAUGAUGCCCGGAUAUUCCAGCUGUCCCAACUGCAGAGGCUUCUGGAGUCGUGGCCCGAAGGGAAGGGAUGGCUCUUGGGUGACUGUGGCUAUCCCUUGCGCCCUUUCCUCAUGACACCACAUCCUGAUGAAGGCCCAGAACCUGUGGCGCGUUACAACACCACACACGAGACAACACGGAUGGUGGUGGAGAGGGCCUUUGGGCAGCUCAAGAUGAGGUUCCGGUGCCUCCACUCUACCGGGGGGCGGCUGAUGCUCCGCCCGGAGAAGGUGGCCAAGGUAUUUGUGGUUUGUGCCAUGUUGCACAACAUGGCUCUGCGGCGUCAGUUGCCGAUCAUCAAUGGCGGACAAGGGGUGGACACCGAGGUCCCCGUGCCUCCAUACCUGGAAACCGAUGGCGUUGUAGAGCAAGAUCCUCGUGCGGUGGAAGUUCGGGAUCAAAUAAUUAGCACUUAUUUCUCACAAUAAAUUCAA